CAUUUUGAUUUUGUGCCCUGUUCUUGUUUGUCAUAGGUUUUCAUAAUUCAUAAGUCUCUGAAGAGAGCGUUAGCUAAAAAUUUAAUUAAUUUGUUUUCGUGUGUUAGAAGCUUUUACAGCUCAGUACGGAGAAAGCGGAUGAGUCAAGAUCAAGCAGUGUCCUUCAUGUACUCAGCUACUUGACAUUUCUGCUAUACGUGAAGAUCAUCAAAUUUCUAAAUUCACCGAGACCCAGAAGAUAAAUAAAGCUUUGCAUUUGUUUUAAAGACUAAGAAGUUUAGCAGAACUGUCCAUAAUGUCCACUAUAACUCAGCUGAAUCCGUUUAUAAGCAAAUUCUCGAACUUCCGGGUUUUUAUACCAUUAAGGAAUGUGCGGUUAUCAAUGCCUCAGAAGGUUACUGUGCUAUCCGUCACAAUAGGUGUUGUAUUAAUUGGACUUCUGGCUCGAUACCUACGGCGAAAGAGAAGAACUGUAUAUCCAGGACUAUUUAGAAGAAAUGGGAAAAGACUUGCAGCAUCUUCUCAGGGUGCAAGAAGCCCAAAUGGAGACGUGCGUCGCAGUACCAGUCCAGGUACGCGUAGUCUCCAUCGUCAGGGGUCGGUCCUGUCGACGGUGUCUGGAGUGGGCGGGGCCUCCGUCGGCCCGAUGGCCGCAGGGGAUGCUGGGUCUCAACACCUCACCCCACAGCAGUUCGGCAUCUUGGGGAUGGAGGCGCUGGAGACGGCUAUCAAUUACUGGGACGACGCCCUCGCCGCGUACACCUCCGGUGGAGGUGGGCCGCUUGCCGUCACGAGCAGCGAAGAAGCAGGGUUCUGUAAGGACCUGCAGGGCCUCGUAGACUCUGCGUACAGACUGCAGGACCAAUGCGAGCUGCUGUUCUUGGAUCAGCGAUCUGUGUUGUUUCGCACCGACAGCUCGACGCGUCUCCAUGGAGACCCCAGCACAGCCCCCACGUCUUCUCCGGAGUCCUUCGUCUCGGCACAUGACGAGGUGGCGGAUGUUAAGGAAUUUGAGGAUGUUAAGGAAUUUGAGGCAUAUCUUGGUAUGUUCGCUGAACCUGACUGUCUACGUCUCUAUCAGUUGGCAAUGAUUAAACUGGAUGGAAGUGGCAUUCCCUACAGGUGUCUGCGUACUCAGAUGGUGCGGUGCCGCUCUGACAUGGAGUAUCUCGGCAAACUGCACUGUAUCCGCCUUGCAUUCCAGUACAUCUUUAAAGACGGUGCUACGUGGCUGUGGUUUGCGGACACCGGACGACAGAUGUUGGCCGACCUCAUCAUUUGUGCCGAGAAGGACCCUAAGGACUUCCUGAUAGCCUUUGAGGAUAUGCUGGAGUUCCUGCAGGAUCACAGCAACUGGAUCAGCAUAGAGCAGGAGCUCAGCUUGAAGGGAGUCAAGGCAAUGACGUUCUAUGAUAUAGUUCUGGAUUAUAUUCUGAUGGAUGCAUUUGAAGACAUUGAAUCUCCUCCUUCCUCUGUAAUGGCUGUCGUGCAGAAUCGCUGGCUGUCCAGUGGGUUCAAGGAAUCGGCCCUGUCAACAGCAGUGUGGUCGUUGCUGAAAGCUAAGCGACGGAUGCUGAAGUUUCCAAAUGGCUUCAUGUCACAUUUUUAUGACAUCUCAGAAGAGAUAUUGCCUUUGAUGGCGUGGGGCUUCCUUGGUGAUGAUGAGAAACUGAAGGAUGUCUGCCAGUUCUUUAAAGAUCAAGUAAUGGCGUUCCUGUGUGAUAUCUUCAGUAGCCAGAAGUGUCAUUUUACUAGUGUGGAAGAACUUGCACAGGACUUACUAAACCAUCUUAAGUUAAGAGCAGAAGCAGUGAGUCAAAAAGUGUCAAUUCCGAGUAAUGUUAACGUGCAUGUUUGAAUGUUGUUAUGGAUGCACUAGUAUCAUGUAGAUAUUAUAAAUGCUUGACUGAAAAUGUCAUUUAUUACUUAGCAAGCACAAUACAAAAUCAUUUUUAGAACUAUUUUAAAGGUACUCUAAACACUUAACAAAAGAAGACCUUUUACCGAUAGUUGCAGUUAAGAGUUGUUAUUAUUUUCUUUAUCAUUCUUUUCAGGAAGUGAAAGUGAAAUUUAAUUUUUGUUGGUGGAGGUUAUAGAAUUGUUGGGAAGUGUGCAACUUCUGUGUGGUUUUAUCAUCACAUUGUUGAAAUGAAAAUGUUAUAGUGUGAACAAGACUACUGGAUACACUUUUUGUAAAUGGAUGAAGAAACAAUUUAUCAUUCCGUUGCAUUAAAGCUGAAUGAUACAAUAAAGUGAAUGCAACAUACUCUGUGAACAGAAUAUGUCACAUUUUAUAGAACUGCAGCUCAUUGUAUACAUACGUGUUUUUGUGAGGUUCAGUUCACAUGUGAAAUAAUGUCCAAGAGUGUGGAAAAAUAAUGGCAAAGUGUGAUGUAUUCAUUAUUCUAACAGGGUAAAAUUGUUUGGAACAUAA